AUGGGUUCGCUACUCAGCGACAGAGUCAAACCAUCUAAGCCAUUCGAUAUUACUAGAGUCGAUUUUGCCGGACCAAUCAUUACACUCGUCAACAAAGGACGUGGCCGGAAGACAUUCAAAUCAUAUAUAGCAUUGUUCAUAUGCUUUGCUACUAGAGCAAUCCACCUAGAGGCAACGAGUGAGCUAACCACGGCAGCCUUCAUGGCAACACUACGCAGAUUCAUAGGACGACGAGGACUUCCAAGGAAGAUCUGCAGUGACAAUGCUACAAACUUCGUAGGAGCGAAGCGAGAGCUGGAGGAACUAUACGCAUUCGUUCGAUCUUCUAUCGACGGAGCGGUCGGCGACAACUUGCAAGAAAAGGGAAUAGAAUGGAGUUUUAUUCCUCCUUACUCGCCCCAUAUGGGAGGCCUCUGGGAGGCAGGAGUUAAAUCCUGCAAAUAUCAUCUCAAACGAGUGAUGGGUAACACCUUGUUCACUUUUGAAGAGUUGUCUACAGUUUUAGUACAAAUUAAGGCGUGUCUCAACUCACGACCUCUACCGCCAUUAUCUUCGGAUGCCUUGGAUUUGCAAGCUUUGACACCAGGGCACUUCUUGGUGGGAGGACCACUAGUCAGCCUUCCAGAAAGAGACUUAUCCGAUGUUAAGAUAAACCGUCUCGACAGAUGGGAAAUGAUCCAACACACCACUCAAGAUUUCUGGGAACGGUGGGCGGCGGAGUACAUCGCCAACUUGCAAAGCAGAGUUAAAUGGAGAGCAACGCAAAAGAACCUGCAAAUCAACGAUCAAGUACUGCUAAAGGAAGAUAAUCUUCCACCAUUAAAAUGGAAAACUGGUCGUGUUAUGGACGUACACACUGGAAAGGACAACCUAAUCAGAGUAGUAACGAUGCGUACGAACAAUGGCGUGUUUAAACGUGCAAUCAGUAAACUUUGUAAACUGCCAAUAAAGGAUAUUACAUAA